CGGUAGAUGGCCUUGAUAUGGCAUGAUGGUCUGAUUCAGUUUGUAUUCUUACCAUAACCAAGCAACAAAAGCAGACAUAGCCUGGUACGAUUCAUUUCAUCCGAUGACAUAGCAUCAAAUUGCGAGUGUAUUUAACGRCAAUGAAUCCUUCCGCGUUACCCUUUCUCGUUACUCUCGAAGACGAUGCUGGAUCGUUAUCGUCUUCUAGCACCGGAUUCCACGACAGAAAAGAUUUGUCGGGGGAUAGCAUCAGUAAUGUAGAAUGUACGUYGGUGAUGAUCGAGGACACGGCUUCGACAGGAGGAACCCAGAAAAUCGCAUCUGGCGAUGGAUUCUUCGCCGUUUCGAUGGACGGCACCGAAGACCACCAAGGACAAGAAUCCGGUAUCUCCUCGCUACAAAAGGGCCGGCUUGUUUUGCUGGUCCUAGCGAUGGUUUAUGGUUCGCUCAACGUGAGCACACGCCUGGUGUUUUCCCGCACAGAUCCACCCGAUGCGAGUGUCUCGUCCGCGAUCCAGGGAUGGUUUUCGGUGCUGUGCUUUUUUCCCCUCCUGUGGGGUAARCACCGGGUCCGACACGAGAACAAUGGUCCGCCACRAGUUGCCAGCGACGCUGAYAAGGCACGCACCGAAGGAAUCCUCACUCCCAAACCAAACGGCAAGACCAUCCUUCAACCUCCCGGUUUUUGGAGGUUCGCCAUGGAACUCGCGCUGAUUGACUUUGGAACCCAGACCCUUACCAACAUGGGACUCAAGACAACCCCGGGCGCAAGGGCCUCCUUUCUCAUCCAAACGAGUGUUGUUUGUACCCCCGUGGUUUCUGUCCUCCUUGGCAAGCAGCGGGUGCACAAGCGGGUUUGGUUUGCCUGCUUUGUGGCCCUGGCGGGCUUGUUUAUCCUGUCGCAGGAGCAGCAGCCAUCGUUGGAACAACAGCCAUGGGACGACACAUGCGGAGCUGAAUGUGGKCAUCCCAUCGAUCUUGUUGGUAAUUGCACCAGAAUGAAUGUUGCAAAUCCAUACUGCCCCCGCGASUCUGAUUUGUUCGUGUCUUCGMCAGGCUUCACCAAAGGCGACUGGAGCUGCUUGUUCGCCGCCCUCUGCUGGAGCCUCUACAUCUAUCGGAUGAGUGUCUGGGCGGAUUCCUUCGACGAAACUAUCACUCAGUUUGUCAAGAACAGCGCGGUGACCUUUUCCUAUACUCUGUGGAUGUUGGUUUCCUUGUUUUACAAAGACGAAGCCCAUGCCGACGACGRGGACAACCUGCGGCUCGAUUCUCCCUSUUGGUUGUGGAAGACAUGCAAAGAUCCGGUGGUCUGGAUCAUUCUCUUUUACAACGCUCUUGGUCCGUGUACGAUUGCCGACGUUUGCCAGCAAAGCGCACAGGCCUUUGUUCCCGCUGCAGAAACCAACGUGAUUCUGUCUCUGGAGCCCGUAUUCGCCACGCUUCUCGGAUUCCUGGUCCUCGGGGAGACUCCCUCGCUCCGUGAAUCGGUCGGGGGCGUGUUCAUUAUCGCGGCAUCCAUCAUCGCCAGCUGUGGCUCGGACGAGCCACGAGCACCGCCAUCUCGCUCUUCUCCCCAGGUCUCGGUUCGAUGACAAAGCUUGCUUCGUCGGUCGCCGGAAGCGGCCGGGAACGAUCAUCAAUCCGAUUCCAGAACGCUAGUAAUUUUUCUUAGUCCUGCGGUUUGCUGGUYAUGAGAGAGAGGGAAACCAGACGGAUAAUGUAACUUAGAAUAAACAAAAAAUUGCGUCAAAACGUUAAAGGUGCAAUGAAAGGAACGGAUUGGAUCAAAAUKCUUAAAAGUAGAUGUAAAAUAAAGAAUUAAAAUAGCU